AUGGAUGGUGGUGGGCUUGACUUUACUUAGCAACUUUUCCUCUCUGUAGACAGACGCUAUUCCCAAAAAAAAAAAAAAAAAGAAAAAAUGGAAACCCUAGAAGAUGAACAACCGGAUGAUCGAUCGGCGCAGAAAGCCAAAAAUUCGUUCCCUGAGGAACUCAUCGAAGAUAUCCUUUCCAGACUCCCCGUGAAAUCCAUCCUCCGAUUCAAAUCUGUCUCUAAACCGUGGCUCUCUCUCAUCUCCGCCCCAUCAUUCCACAAACUCCACUCAGCCGUUGGGCCCCGUACCACCGCUUUAUUCUUUACUGCUCGCGAUUCGUCCACCAACACAAGCUACUUCUUCUCCGGCGCUCGUGACGGCGGAUCAGUCGCUAAUUUUAUGAUGAAGCUCGAUAACACUUUCUUCAACUUUGCCCAAAAAUUUGCCCAACAUUUGAACGGGUUAGUAUGUUUUACUUCCUGCACUGGUUACACUGGUUACGCUUUCAUUUUUAACCCUAGUACACAUAAGUUUUUAAAACUUCCUGAUCCUCCGGUUUCUUUCCCCAAUUAUACUGUUGAAGAGAAGGAUACAUGUUACUUGUUUGGGUUUGAUGAAUUAACUAAUGAACACAAGGUUUUGUACAUCACUGUUCAAUUGACUACAAUUGAGAUUAUGAUUUUCUCCUUCUCAAAUUACUCAUGGAGAAAGAUCAAUGUGGAUCUUCCUGAUGGUGUGACUGCUUGGCGUUGGUGGUUUGGCACCAAAAAUAGUGUUUGUGUCAAUAGCACCAUACAUCUGUUGCUUCGAAAUCCACUUCAAAUUUUGGCAUUUGAUUUAACAACUGAAACGUUUUCCAUUGUUAACAUGCAUCCAGAGGCGGCUCCCGAUACUAUAUUAACAUCCAUACCGAAUGCACAGUUCUUAAAAAUCAAUGGCUUAUUAGGUGUAGCUUGUUACGAUCCCUGGGCCAUGAACCCAACAAACAAAAUGGACAUUUGGAUGUUGCAAGAUUAUCAGAAUCGAGUUUGGGUCAGAGAAACCAUUCCGUUCGCUCAGAUCCCUUAUGGGCCACGUGGCCCUUACCCAUUUGAUUCUAUCACUAUGGACGAGAUUAUCUUUAGCCCAAGGGUGUUGUCUAAGAAUUUGAUCAGUGUUCCCAUCUAUAACAUGAAGACUAGAUGUUUUAAAUCAAUUGAACUCACUCUUGGUCAUCGAUUUCUAUCCCCAAAAUCGGUGAGUGUGGAGGAAAUUAAGUGUUAUGUUGAAAGCCUCAUUCCCUUACAGAACUAGCAUGCUUUCAUUUCUGGAAUUCCGGUUUACAUUUUGUUGCUAUCUUGUUAAUGAAAAUGUACUUGUAAAGUUUCUGCUGAUGCUGCUCUUAUGUUAAAUAGUAUUCGGAAUCUUGUAUCCCUAUGCAAAUUUUGCUGUGUGAAAUGCUAACAAUCUGCUUUACAAGAUCAA